AUGGCGCGUCUACAGCUGUUACCAUGGAUGUUCUCCAUGGCCCUUUUCCAUGUUGCCCAAUCUCGAACAUGUUUGCCAGUGUAUGAAGCGACGACAACGUACGUGGGAUGCUACCACGAUCCCAACUCGCCUCGUGAUCUCGCGGGCCCGUUCUUGACGGUUGGAAACCUCAACUCGCCGCAGUACUGCGCCAACGUGUGCGGUGCGGCUGGUUACCAGUUUGCUGGAGUCGAGUUUGCCAUCAUUGAGAGCACAGCCGUAAAGGCUGAUGAUAGUCAAUGCAGCACACCAUGCCCUGCGGACUCCAGCAAGACAUGCGGUGGUGGAAAUAUGAUUAACAUCUACUCCGUCACCAACCCCUCGGCAAACCCCCCCUUGACGCCUUCAUUCCCCGACUGUACCCGUGAUCCCCUGUGCAGCAAUGCCAUCUGUGACACCACUCUGAGCAUGGCUGAGAGAGCCGCCGCCAUUGUGAAGCCUAUGACUCUUGAUGAGAAAGUUGCCAACGUUGGCAGUUCUGCUUCCGGCAGUGCGAGACUCGGCUUGCCCGCAUACCAAUGGCAGAAUGAAGCACUCCACGGAGUUGCUGGCAGUACCGGCGUCCAGUUCCAGUCGCCUCUUGGUGCCAACUUCAGCGCUGCAACCAGUUUCCCUAUGCCUAUUCUCCUCUCUGCUGCCUUUGACGAUGCUCUGGUCCAAAACGUCGCCACCGCCAUCAGCACAGAGGCACGUGCCUUUGCAAACUACGGAUUUGCUGGACUUGACUUUUGGACGCCGAAUAUCAACCCAUUCCGAGACCCGCGAUGGGGUCGAGGCAUGGAGACUCCAGGAGAAGAUGCCUUCCGCAUCCAAGGCUAUGUCCUGGCCCUGAUUAGCGGGCUUCAGGGAGGAAUCAACCCUGACUUCUUCAGGAUUAUUGCAACCUGCAAACAUUUUGCUGCCUACGACAUUGAAAAUGGCCGCACAGGCAACAAUCUUAACCCCACUCAGCAAGAUAUGGCAGACUACUAUCUGCCAAUGUUUGAGACUUGCGUUCGUGACGCAAAGGUUGGGUCUGUCAUGUGCGCGUAUAACGCUGUCGAUGGCAUUCCGGCCUGCGCAAGCGAAUAUCUCCUGCAGGACGUUCUGCGAGAUGGCUUUGGCUUUACCGAAGACUUCAACUACGUCGUCUCCGACUGUGAUGCUGUUGAUAACGUCUUUGAUCCUCACCACUACGCCAGCAACCUGACUGAAGCUGCUGCCUUGAGUCUUAAUGCUGGUACUGAUCUCGACUGCGGUUCCUCCUACAACGUCUUGAACGCCUCUGUAGAGGCCGCCUUGACAUCAGAAGCUGCGCUCAACCAAUCUUUGGUCCGUUUGUAUUCGGCGCUUAUCAAAGUCGGAUAUUUCGAUCAGCCAUCUGAAUACAAGUCGCUGAGCUGGGCAAAUGUCAACACCACUCAGAACCAAGCACUUGCUCACGAUGCUGCUACUGGAGGAAUGACAUUGUUGAAGAACGACGGGACUCUUCCCCUUUCUCGCACCCUCUCCAACGUCGCUAUCAUUGGUCCAUGGGUUAACGCCACUACCCAGAUGCAGGGCAACUAUGCCGGCACGGCACCAUUCCUGGUAAACCCUUUGGAUGUCUUCCAACAGAAAUGGGGCAACGUCAAGUAUGCUCAAGGAACUGCCAUCAACUCUCAAGACACCAGCGGCUUCAGUGCUGCUCUCUCAGCCGCAAGCUCUUCCGAUGUCAUCGUAUACCUUGGUGGAAUUGACAUCACCGUAGAGAACGAAGGCUUUGACCGUGGCUCAAUCGUCUGGCCUGGAAACCAGCUCGAUCUGAUCUCUCAAUUGGCAAACCUGGGCAAGCCUCUGGUCAUUGUCCAAUUUGGAGGUGGCCAGAUUGAUGACAGUUCUCUGUUGAGCAACCCCAACGUCAGAUCGAUCCUGUGGGCCGGGUAUCCCGGUCAAGAUGGCGGCAAUGCCGUCUUUGAUGUUCUCACCGGCGCCAACCCGCCAGCUGGAAGACUUCCUAUCACCCAGUACCCCGCCAGCUAUAUCAACAACAACAACAUCCAAGACAUGAACCUGCGCCCAAGCAAUGGCAUUCCCGGACGUACCUAUGCCUGGUACACUGGCACACCAGUUCUUCCAUUCGGCUACGGUCUGCACUACACCAACUUCUCCGUGUCCUUCCAGUCUAUCAACACUGCUGGCACAGACGUUGCAACUAUUGUCAACAACGCAGGCGCGGUCAUAGAUACGUCAGUAUUUGCAACACUCGUCGUCAGCGUACACAACACCGGCGGCAAGGCAAAUCUUGCAUCCGACUAUGUUGGCCUUGUGUUCCUCUCAUCCACAAACGCAGGCCCGUCACCCUACCCCAAUAAGCAAUUGGCUGCAUACGGGCGUGCCAAGAGCGUUGGUGUCGGAGCGACCCAGCAAUUGACCCUGAAAAUAAACCUCGGAUCACUUGCUCGUGCAGAUACCAAUGGUGAUAGAUGGAUUUACCCCGGCGAUUACAAACUUACUCUCGAUGUCAAUGGACCGCAGACGUUUAAUUUUACUUUGAGUGGCCAGGCUACAAAGAUUAGCACUUUGCCAAGGCAGUCUUAG